UCCUGAGGUGCAUCUGGCGUCGGCUCGUUCCAUUGUACGUCGAGAGUCUGCCAAGAGAAUGAUUUCAAUCUCUGCACGAACAUAGAUGGCAUUCGGUCCUCCCUCACCACCACUCACUUGAAUCAUUGCUUGAGUAAAUUAGCGCAGACGAUGCAUUGCAUUCAGAAGCAUGCACUUAUCAAGUUUACUACGUGUUUGCGCUCCGCUCCGACCCUUCCUAUUUGGGUCGACUCCAUCUUGGAAAACACCACGGUAACACGCCAGCACAAGAAGGAAGGCGGCAUCCAAUGUGCCAAGUUGUCAUCGUCAUGAGACAGACCAUGAGGAAAGUGUGUGGCGGAAAUUCCCCCAAUCAUCCCAAGCCCGGCUUCAUCUUCUCACCAACCGCUUCAAAAUCACCAACUGCCUCCACCGAGCAGAGACAGCCGACAAACAGUCAGGGUCUCUCUCUCGCAAAAGACAUUUAAUCAACCCUCAAACAAACACAAAAACCCCCAAACAAAAAUUUGUGAAGAAACAUUAUACUCCCUAGGUAAAAUCCCGGGACAAACACACAACACACUAGUUGCUCCUUAACAAGCUCAACGACCCGUUUUGCUACCUAGUCAGUCCUCCAACAGGUUGACGUUCCCUCAAGCCAUCUUGAAACACAACUCACCAGCUUCCAACAGCGACGACGAGAGUUUCACGGGUACAAGAGCCACCGAUUUUCGGGCGACUGCUUCAUCCCACCGACAACCCUUAGCAGCCCCAGGUCUUCCACCCCUUGUCCGGACAGUAUGGACUUUCCUCAACCCAAUCCCCCUCCGAACGAUCAUGAGCCCGAUAUUCGACAUCUACUGGAUGCCGAGCUUACCGGUCUUGAGUACACUGUCCCUAGGUAUCUGGGUCCUGAUUUCAACGGCCCUAACUAUGCCGGUGCCCAGUCCGCCGGUCCUGGGUACACCAGUCCUGGUUACACAGGUCUCCUGGGUUCUAGUCCUCGGCCCACCAGUUCUAGGAACGCUGGCUCCCAGCCUUCCGGGCCUGAAUACAGCUACGUCGAGUACGCCAGUGCCGAGAACACCACUCAAAUGCCCGCUAGUUGUACGCAUACUGGCCUCAGCUACACGGCUAUGCUGGAACCUAGUCCCCCGCCCACUAUUCCUAGGAAUGAUGGCUCCCAGAUUGCUGUUCCCGAGCACACUGGUGUUCAGAGAGCCAGUCCCCUGACUACCCUUCUUCAGAAUCUUGAACACGCCGGUCCCAGCUAUACCAGGCUCCCCAAUUCCAAUCCCCUGGCAACUGACCCUGAUAAUACUGUCACCAGCUACACUGCUCUGCUGGAACCCAGUCCCCCGCCCACUAGUCCUAGGAAUGCUGGCUCCCCCCAGAUUGCUGUUCCCGAGCACACUGGUGUUCAGAGAGCCAGUCCCCUGACUACCCUUCUUCAGAAUCUUGAACACGCCGGUCCCAGCUACACCAGGCUCCCCAAUUUCAAUCCCCUGACAGCUGGCCUUAGGAGUACUGGCCCCCAGCCACCUGGUCCUGAGCACAGCUCCCUCGAGCACACCGAGGUCCAGAACACCAGUACCCUGACCGCCGGUCCUGGGAACCCUGUUUUCCGGCCACCUGGUCCUGAGCACAGCUAUCUCGACUACACCGGUUUCCAGAAUACCGGUCCCUUGCUUUCCGGUCCUGGGAACGCCAAUCCACAGCCUGCCAAUUUCCAAAACGAGGUUUCUCAGGUAGCUCCUGCACCCAGCGCCUCAUCGCAGUCAUCGAAACCCCACGAUCUUAACGUCUGGGCCGGCCUCUGGAACAGUAUGCCCGAUCUUGUACCCGCUCUCGACCAGGUCGUCGGACGCCGCCCGGGGGAUCCACAACCGCCGGAAACAACAACAACAGCAGCAGUAUAUAUUCCCAUGGUGGAGGCCCUCGUCCAUCGCCUAGGCGCGGUUGAUUUAGAAGCCUUUGGGGGCGGCGCCAGAGGGUGGGAAGUAGCCCUCGCUGAAUACACCCCGAGCGUUGACGUCCCCAUCCAGCGAGUCCAGGACUGGAUCGUUCUUCAUUGCAGGAUCUUCUUCACCUCGUGGCUUGAAUGCGAAGCGGUCGCCCGCGCGUGCCCAUAGAACGGCUUCACCGUCCGCCAGCUUUUGACCAACGC